GGCUCAUGAUUUCAUAUGAGGCAAAUUACACUGAUACUGAUCCAGUUUAGUAUCUUACCGGUGUGACUUGCCCGACAUAAAACCAUCGUUACCAUCGUUAUGUCGGUAUGGCACACCUUCCACAGAAACAGCAUUGUUUAUACACCUUUAGGUACACGCAUAUUUAUUACUUAUUGACAACAGUUAAUUAAAAUUUAUUAGCUAUGAACUUUGUUGCACCUUCACUACCAAAUACCCCCCAAAACAUAGGCAUUAUUUAAAUAUUUUGUAUACCUAUAUUUUAAGUGAUUAUAAUCUUAAUAAUAGGACUAAUUACUAUAAUAGGUAGGUACAUCAUAGCGUUUUGUGUUAAGAUUGGAUUUUUUUGUUUAAAAUACUUAGUUCACAAUUUCGUACAAGGCCUCUUUUGUAUCUAAAUUCCUGGACUUAAAAUUAUUGUUAAUCAGACUCAAUCAACUAUUUUUAAGUGAAGUAGCUGUAUAACACUGUAUUAGUUUACAUUUGUUGUCUGUAGUUUUAAUAUUAUUUCUCUAAAAAUUAAAUAGGAGGAAUAGGUUAGGAAUAUACUACCCAUUUCCAAAACAUAUGUUAUUAUUAAAUGAUAAAUUAUACUUGAUAGGCAAUGGUGGGUAUUUAUAGGUAAGUACUUAUACCUAGCUCACAAAUAAUAGAAUAAUAAAUGUUGUAAGUUAUUUCGAGAGUUCUUUUGUUAAUUAUAUAACUAUAUACUAUGCUUUUUUUUGUCUAAGUAUUCAUAAUUUCUAGUUAUUCAUUGUUCAAUUAUUGUUUUUCACUACUUACCUAAAAAUGAUGCAUUGUUUUGAGUUUAUUUACUGUAGGUACCUAUUCUUAUUGUUUCUGUAGUUUUUUAAUUAGACUAUUAGGUACCUACCUAUUUAUAAUAACUAAUAACUAUUUUAUUAUUGUAUUUUUUUGAUAAGUAAUAAUUAGUUGAACAAAAUUUGCAAUUUAGAACCUUAGAAUUUUAUUGUUAACUAUUAUUAAAAACAUUGUUAUAAAAUAGGUUUAUAAAAAAAAUGUAUAAACAUCUGAGUGCUCGUUCCAAAAGGAGAAAAAUUAAAGAGGAGGUAGAAGCUUUUAUUCCAGAUACUGCUCCAGAACCCUACAGUUGUUUAAGUAUAUAAUUUAGGUUAUCAUAUUAUAAUUAAUAAUAAUAUGUAGGUAUUUUUGGAUUCAUUUUUGUUUAUUUUUCACUAUUUUUACUUAGAUAUUUCAUCAUCAGAUUUAGAAUCUCAGCCAGUAGGUAGUAGUUUGGUUAGAGACAUGCCAAUAACAAACAGUUUUAAUCAUGAAGUCGAAUGUGCAGAAAAAAGACAACACACGUUUAGUUCGGAUAUUGAACAAAAUACUAUUAGGCCUGAGAUACUUGAUGAACAACGACAGUAUUCAAAUGUAUCAAAUGAUGACAUAGAGAUAAAUAGUUAUUCAUUUGAGUCAGAAUUAGCACAGUGGGCUUUACAUUUCAAGAUAACACAUACUGCACUCAAUGGAAUUUUAACCAUUUUAAAAAAACAUGAAUGUUUUUCUUGUUUACCUAAAGACGCUAGAACAUUGUUAAAAACAAAGUCUGUCGAAUGCAAUAGUAUUAAAAAAGUCAAUCCGGGUACAUACUAUCAUUUUGGUAUUGAAAACGGUAUUAUACGCCAUUUUCUUGAUAGUAUUUCAAAUGAAGAAAUAAAAUUAGUAGUAGGUAUUGAUGGAUUACCUAUUUCUAAGAGCAGUUCCACUCAAUUUUGGCCUAUAUUGGCAUACAUACGAUCAAUUUCCAAUCAUGUUUUUCCUAUUGGAGUUUAUUGUGGAACACAAAAACCUAAUGACAGCAAUGAUUAUCUAAAAGACUUUGUCAUUGAAGCUGAACAAUUAAUUUUAAAUGGUAUUUUCAUCAACGGAAAGUUUUACAAAGUUGUGCUGGAUGUUGUUUGUUGUGAUGUUCCAGCAAAAUCAUUUGUUUUAAAAAUUAAAGGACAUAAUGGAUUUUAUUCGUGUACACGUUGCAAAAUUGAAGGGGAAUAUAUUGAAAAGCGGUUGUGCUUUCCUUAUUCUGAACCAUCUAACCGACCACCUGAAAGGACACAUCAUGAUUAUGUUCAACGAACUCAAAUUAGUCAUCAUGUGUAUUCUAAUAAUUCAUGUUUGGUAGAAAUACCCAGAUUUGAUAUUGUUAAAGGUUUUUCGUUAGAUUAUAUGCACUUGGUCUGCUUGGGUGUAGUCAAAAAACUUCUAAUGUUAUGGAUGAAAGGCCCCUUAAGUGUUCGUUUGCCAUCAUGGAAAAUUAAUCAACUAUCAGAACUAAUAGUAAAUUUAAAACCAGCUUUUGUAUGCGAGUUUUCCAGAAAACCUAGAACAUUAAUUGAAGUAGCUCGUUGGAAAGCAACUGAGUUUAGGUCUUUUUUAUUAUAUAUUGGACCAAUAGUAUUGGAUAAAGUGUUGAGUGAUCACUGUUUUAAAAACUUUAAAGCUUUAAGUGUAGCUAUGACUAUACUUUUAACACCAGGUCUUAGUGAAUUUGUCCAAUAUGCACGAGAUCUUUUGGAAUAUUUUGUAAAAUCGUUUGAACAAAUUUAUGGACAACACUUGGUAUCUAGUAAUAUUCAUGGCUUAAUCCAUUUAGUUGAUGAUUAUCAAAGAUAUGGACCAUUAGAUUUAUGCUGUGCAUUUCCAUUUGAAAACUACAUGAAGGUUCUAAAGACAAUGCUGAGAAAGCCAGACAAGCCCUUACAACAAAUUGUAAAAAGAUAUCAUGAAAGAAGUAAUUUAGUUAUGCAACCUACUAAAACAAAACCAAAAACCUAUAUUAUUUUAGGGUCUCAUAAUAGAGGGCCUUUGGUAGAUAAUAUAACAAUUAAUCCACAAUAUAGUACAUUAGUAAAAGACAACUUCAAGAUUAAAAGUAAAAUUGAUGCAGAGUCAUAUUUUUGUACCAAUAAUAAUGAUAUUAUCAAGUUAGUCAAUAUCGCUCAUUUAAAAGAAACUGGAGAAGCUGUUUUAAUAGGAAAGAAAUUUAUUCAAAAAAAAGAUUUUUACAAUCAACCAAUUCGGUCAUCGCUCCUGAAUAUAUAUGAAGUACAACAAUUAUCGGAUGAUUUUGAUUACUGGCACAUAAGUGAUAUUAAAAACAAGGUUUUGAUAUUUCCGAGGAACAGCAACCUUAUAGCUAUUCCUUUACUACACACAGUAUUAUAAUUAUAAAAUUUAUUAUUAUUAUUUUUUUUUUUUAUGUUAACUUGUAUAGGUAAUUAUAUAAUUAUGUAUGAUAUUUUGCAAAUGAUAUUGGUAUAACUUUAUACCAAUCGUUAAAGUAAACUUCAUUUAAUAAAUUGGACGAUAUAAAUCUUAUACAAUAAAAUUGAUUCAGCUAGUUUACCUAUAAAAAUGUAUUUUUAUUAAAUGACAUUUUUUUGUUUAAUCACUGGAACAUAAAAGUUCAAACAAUAGUAAUUAAGUUUUAAAAAAAUUAACUAUUAAUAUAUUAUAAUCAUUAGAAAACAUCUGCAAUUAAAUAGUGUGUAUUAUGGGGAAAAUGUUCAUCCAAAAUUAAAUUAUUCCAACUAGAAAUAAUAAUGGUAAUAAUAGCUAUAUAUUAUAUUAUAUAAACAAUACUAAGUAAGUACUAUCAACAUUUGUAUAUCAUGUAAAAGAAAGAACUGAAAGAUGAUUAUUUUAUUGACUAUGACAAUAUUAUGUAAUAACUUUUAUUCCUAUCAAUUUAAAAAAAUAUUCUGAUUAGAAAAAACAUUAUUAUAUUAAUUUUCAGUUAUUUAUGUAGCACGCUGUAAUACGUACAUAUGUAUAAAAAGCAUAUUAAAAUUGUUUAUUAAUUAAAAUUUUCUUUUAGUUUAAU